AAAUGAAUAGAAGAACUGGUUCAGAUCAGUUAUUUGGAAUCAGUUCAGACCAGUUAAUUGGAACCAGUUCAAGAAACCCGGUUCAGACUGGGUCAGACGAGCAACAGGAACAAGAUUUUUCAUUAGUAUAG